AUGCCAGUCCCAACCUUCUCUACGGAGCCAGAGCCCACCUCGACGCCCUGGCCAAAGCCGAUCCCGAGACCAACUUCGCAUACUUCCUCUACAACCGUUACGAUACAUACAAGCAGAAGCACGCCUGUUACAACCUCUUCGAUCGAGACUACAAGCUACUCGUCCAGCCACGAAAACCCACCGGCAACGACGACGGUCACAAUCACCAGUGGACCUGCUCCCAGUAGUGGUUCGUGCAAUACCGGUCCCGUUCAGUGCUGCAAUAGUGUAGAGCCAGCAUCGUCCGAGAAUGCAUCAAAACAGCUAGGGCUACUCGGAAUCGUACUCCAGGACGUAAAUAUUCCUAUCGGUAUUACCUGUAAUCCCAUUAGUGUCCUUGGCCUUGGCUCUUCCGGUACUUGUAACGCGCAGACAGUCUGCUGCGAGAACAACAACUUCAACGGACUCAUCAACAUCGGAUGCACGCCGAUCAAUCUUGGUCUUUAG